CACCCCCAUGUGGCUACGCAGCGCGGCGCUGACCGCGGCUCGCUGUCCCCCAGAGACCCCCCGGCGCGCAGAUGGUCUGACCAGUCAAGGGAAAAAAGUUUAUGACAGCUCGUUUCAGCUCCAGCCCACCGUCCCGCUCCGCAGCAGCUGAGCUGCUAUAUGGAGGUGACAAAAGCGACAUCCGCGGCCAAGUGCAGCCUCUCUCCCCUGGAUUGUGUCUCUCUCUUUGACUGAAGUGUCACCGGAUUGUUUGCCUUUUCUGCUUUUCUUCACUUUUUUAUGCCUCACCUCCUGCGGGCUACCAGGUCAGUUUCAAGGAGGAAUCCAUUGGGCUUAUGAUGGAGGAGCAAGCCGUCUCCAAUAGCAGCCCGCAGCAUGGUCAGACCAGGAGGAAUGUCAUCAGGUGUGGGUGGCUAAGAAAGCAAGGGGGCUUUGUCAAGACUUGGCACACGCGCUGGUUUGUCCUCAAGGGAGACCAGCUCUAUUAUUACAAAGAUGAAGAAGAGACAAAAGCCCUGGGUGCCAUUUUCUUACCGGGUAACAGAGUCACCGAGCACCCGAACAAUGGUGAAGAGGCAGGAAAAUUUCUCUUUGAAGUCGUUCCAGGGGGAGAUCGGGAGCGAAUGACAGCCAAUCAUGAGACAUACCUUCUUAUGGCCAGCACCCAGAAUGACAUGGAGGAUUGGGUGAAGACCAUUCGAAGAGUCAUAUGGGCGCCCUUUGGUGGAGGUAUCUUUGGUCAGAAGCUAGAGGAGACGGUACGCUAUGAGCGGCGGUUCGGGAACAAGCUGGCCCCCAUGCUGGUGGAGCAGUGCGUGGACUUCAUCCGCCAGUGGGGGCUGCGGGAGGAGGGGCUGUUUCGGCUGCCCGGGCAGGCCAACCUGGUCAAGGAGCUGCAGGACGCCUUCGACUGCGGAGAGAAGCCUGCCUUCGACUGUAACACGGACGUGCACACGGUGGCCUCCCUGCUCAAGCUCUACCUGAGAGAGCUGCCAGAGCCCGUCAUCCCCUUCGCCAAGUAUGAGGAGUUCCUCUCCUGCACUAAACUCCUCAGCAAGGACGAAGAAGCUGGAAUGAAGGAAUUGCGAAAACAAGUGGAAAGCCUACCUCCAGUCAACUACAACCUGCUGAAGUAUAUAUGCAGGUUUCUCGAUGAAGUUCAGUCCUACUCCGGUGUGAAUAAAAUGAGCGUGCAGAACCUGGCGACUGUCUUUGGGCCCAAUAUCCUGAGGCCAAAGAUAGAGGAUCCCGUUGCUAUUAUGGAAGGUACUGUGCUGGUGCAGCAGCUGAUGUCGGUCCUGAUCGGGAGGCACGACGUGCUCUUCCCCAAAGACGGGGACAGCCCGACAGCACUGGAGCUGUGUAACAACAACAACGAGGUCCAGAGGAAGCCGACGGCAGGCCAGCUCCAGAACCGGGAGAACAACAACACAGCGAGCGUGCGGCAGUGCUCCUGGGAGGCCCCCGAGUCGCCCCACCGGGCGCCGGUGGACAACGGCUCGCCCACCCUGCUCAGCGGCCACCGCUCCGGCAGCCCCCGCAACGGCCUCACCGCCAGCAAGUUCGACGUGACCCGGAGCCCGCCGCUCACCGUGAAGAAGAACCCUGCCUUCAGCAAGGGCAGCGGCAUCGUCACCAAUGGCUCCUUCAGCAGCUCGCCGGCCGACGGCCACCAGGAGAAGAGCCAGACGCUGCCGAGCGCCGGCGCCCAGGCCCGCCGCGCUGCCUCACUCAAGGGCCCCGGCACCAAGAUGGGCACGGGUGGCGUGCCCAACGGCGGCGUGCGCAUGGGCGUCUCCAGCACCGACGCGGCGGCCAAUGGGACGCUGGGCGGGCGCAACGGGGCGUGGCUGCCCAACGGCUACGUCACCCUGCGCGACAGCAAGCCCAAGGACUGCGCCGCGGAGCAGGCGGCCCAGCAGAACCGGCUCUCCACCUACGACAACGUGCAGCAGCAUCACUUCCCGGGCGUUGUAGGCGGCGGCAGCUGCGAGGACAAGCAGAGCGUGGACAGCGCCACCUGGUCCACCUCGUCCUGCGAGAUCUCGCUGCCGGACAACUCCACGUCCUGCCGCUCCUCCACCACCACCUGCCCCGAGCAGGACUUCUUCGGCGGCAACUACGAGGACCCCGUUUUGGACGCGCCGACACACGAGGAGCCCGGCCAGCAGGGGGAGCUGGACCGGCGGAACGGAGGGGGCCGCGGCAGCCGGGGCACCAGCAGCAGCGACAACAGCGAGACGUUCGCAGUGAACAACGGCACCAGCAGCCACAGCGCCCUCCACAGCCUGGUGGCCAGCCUGAAGCAGGAGAUGCUGAAGCAGAAGGCGGAGUACGAGGCCAGGAUAAAGAGCCUGGAGCACAGGAACCUGGAGCUGGAGACGGAGAUGGUGAACCUCCAUGAGGAGCUGGAUCAGGAGAGGAAGAAGUACACCAUGGUGGAGAUCAAGCUGAGGAAUGCCGAGAGGGCCAAGGAGGACGCGGAGAAGAGGAACGAGAUGCUACAGAAGGAGAUGGAGCAGUUCUUCUCCACGUUCGGGGAGCUGACGGCCGACCCGCGCCGGCCGGAGAGGGGGAACACCAUCUGGAUCCAGUGAAGGAGGGACCAUCUGAGCCAAAAAAACAAGCUGACUGUUGCAUUGUGGGUAAGGCCACCAGGCAGCUGGUGACCUGCCUGAGAAAAGACUGGCACUCUUACGUUAUGGACUCCUGAAGACAAAGGAACAUUUCUUGCCGUUUCUCUUUAUGUGGUCCUACCAAAUAUAUAAUCUAACUAUGUUACUGUUAAGUGUUAUCCUGUAUCUGGUUGUGUAUAUAGAGGAAAGCGAUGUCGACAACUUCAAGAAAAAUAUGUAUGUAAAAAAAUUUAACUAAAGUAAUAUUUUAAUGCAAGUCUGGUAUUUAAACUGAGAGUUAUCAAUGUGUUGCAUUUAAAUUUUAUAUCAAGGCUUUUCCUUGCACUUAUUUUUUUCAAUGUGGUACUGAAUGAAUUUGUGUAUG